UAGAACCGCCAUCUCACUUUGUUAACUCAAAAACAUUUCUUUCUCUCUCUUCUUUUUCUCUCUCCUCACGAAAGUCGGUAGGAAAAAAACUCAUAUCCAUACCAACCCCCCUUUGUCUCCUUCCUCUUUUACUAUAUAUCUCCCUUCCAUAACCAAAUCAUUUUCCCAAAUUCAUAUUUUCUUCAUUUCUUUUCUUCUUGUUUCUUCCUAAUUUUUUUUUAUCAACACCCCCUUCUUCUCUUCCUUGUCUUCUCAGAGGAAGAAGAAGAAACAAAACAGAGAAGAAUAUAAUAUUAUUACAAUAGAAUAGAAAUUCUAAACAUAAAAUUAACAAAACGACAAUAGUUUUGUCGUUUUGAUUAAUUAUUCAGAUCUAAACGCUCAUAUACUUUUUUUCUUCUUCAUUUCCUCUCUCAGUUUUUGAAUUUUUUUACCAUUCACCAUGGGAACAGAAAUUUUGCUACCACAUGAUUGUUUGCAUGAACGAAUCAGAGUUCCUCCGACAAGUUUUUCCCGACGAAGAACUUAUACAAAUUGCCAUAAUAAUUAUAACAAUUAUGGUAAUGGGAAUAGUAAUACUUUUUAUGGGGCAACAAACUCCGGGAGGGUUAACACUAACCGGAGACCGGUUAUUCGACCGGAACAGAGAAAACGUGUUGCGGUGGCGGAGAAAAGACCUAGUUAUGAUGAUUUGAAAAUGACAACGGAGAGAAGACCUAGCUACGAUGAUUUGAAGAUGGCAAAAGGUAGUGAGAUGAUGAUGGAGAAGGUGAUGAUUCUCAGGAGAGGCGAAUCUCUUGAUUCGAAGAUGAACAACGAGGGUUUGAAGAAGGAAGGUGACGAUUUGGUUGUCAUUGGAACACAGAGACUCGUACCCGACCCGAAUAUGGUUCCUAAACAGAUCCGGAUCGUUGAUUUCAAGACUGGUUGCGAAGUUUACGCCGGAUCCGCGUUCGCGAUGUCUCCGUCGCCGAACGCACUUCCGAUUCCGUCUUUUCAGAGGAAGUUUGCGCCGGUGGCCUUCGACGACUCCGCAACACGGGAUCUGAGACGUCUUCUUCGUAUUGCAUGAGUCUGAAACGAGUCAUUUCCGGGUUACAGGUCAUAUCCAUAUCCACGUCAACUUUUCAUCUUCUCUUCCUUUUUGUCUCUCUCUCUCUCUCCCUCUCUCUCUCUUUCUCUCCUUAAUCUAGAAUCUUCUUAUUACCCGUUACGUCCCUAUCCCAUUUUUUCAAAUUCUAACUCAACCGUGAUUUUUUUAAACGGAAGGGUUGAAUUAAAAAAUGGGGUAAAACUCGGGGCGGAAAUGUUAAUUAAAAAAGUCUGGAGUAGUGUGGUUGAGAGGUUUUUAUGUAAGAUCUUGUUAAUUAAUGGGUUGUUAAGGGUAAAAUUUAGGUUGUAAUAUGAAAUUAGAAUUGGGAAAAAAAUGAAAAAAAAAAUAAAAAAGAAGAAAGGAUGGGAGGAAGACGGGGGUUGAUUUGUAAAUUCCGGAAGUGUAUGUGCGUUUUGAAGUGAAAAAUGGUUUCUACGAGAAUCUUGUAGGUUUGUACCCUUUUGUAUUGUAAAGUUAUAAAAAUUAAAUAGGGAGAUUUGGGCA